AUGGAGGUGUUUCUCUCCAACGUCCCCCCACACCUGACGGACCGCACUCUGGAAAAGGAGCUGAGGCCGUACAUGAAUGCUUUGGGAAUUACCGAAUGGUCCUGCUCAUCCAAGAAAGACAAUAGGCUCGGAUGGGUCAUCUUUCUCUACCAGGAGGAUGCCAACAAGUUCUUGAGGCGCCAUGGGAAGCAGUCCAUGGCCGGGUCCGAAUCCACACGCAUCUUCAGCUCAAGGGAUAGCACCAGCACCGGUGGCGGUGGCAGAAAGGGGCUGAGGGACAAGGCGAAUCUUUAUCUCAUGAGAGUCCCCGUCUUCGUCACCCAAAGUAACAAAGCACCGGACCCCUUCGCCCUCAAAAGCCUGACCCAUCGUUUGCAGGACAAGUUUAACCAGCGAGACGCCCCCGAUGACAACGACUCCAUCAAGUUUGCCUUUACCCACUUGGCCUGCGGACACAACUCAUUCGGUGGUGGCCAGAAGGCCCUCGUCUUCCAUCAGCAGUACCGCUUCAACCAACGUGGCUUGUCCAAGUUCUGCAAAAGGAUGCUGGUCCUCAAGUUCGACGACGCUGGCAAAGUCGAAAUCCCCUACUCAUCCGUUGUCGAAAUGAUCCACAGCUCACAACCUACCACUUUCACUCUCGUCUUGAGCGAGCCCCCACGCUUCUACAGCUCCAAGACCGAUCUCCAAGAGACCAUGUCUCGCUUGAGCCUGGGCCCUCGCAGGCCGCAGCAAAAGUCGCUCGUUCGCUGCCUUGGCAUCCCUGAUGCCAGAGACCAUGUCAAGUAUGCUGGCGCUUGUCUUGUCUACCAGAUCGCUGUCUUUGACCCCGACUUCGACCACAAGAUGAUCGCUCUCGAGAAGAAGGGGUCGCUGGGCAUUGCCCACUCUCAUGUCCAACUCAACCAGACGCCCGCCCACGGCAUGGAAGAUUACCAUAGUUCAUGGGCUCGCUUUUAUGACCUUUUGGCUGCUGCCGGUCAGCGCAACACAAUGCCUUUUGGCAUCCUUGUCCAGCUGCAGUCUCUGGUGUGGAACAACUUUCUUCAUCCACGCAGCGCACAUGUCAUAGCCGACUCGUUGCAGGCCAUGUUUGCCAACGCAAAAGCUACCAACAAGCCCGAGCCAAUCUCAGAGCAGGCUUUCAAGAGCCUACGCGAGAACACACACAAUGGCAUUUUGUUUCCCUGCCACAAUACGGACCCGAAAUUACUGGAUCCUACCGAGAUCCUAGAUCAUCUCUUCGUCAUUGAAAAGCCACUCCGCUCCGAAAAGGACUACAGGAGCGCCCUGCUCGAACCCAACAUGGGAAACCACCACGCGUUGGUUUUCAAGGCCAUGGUGACGCCGACAAGAAUCACGCUCCACGGACCUGAGCCAGAGCCCAUGAACAGGAUCCUUCGCAGGUUUCCCAACCAGACAAGCUACUUCAUUCGUGUUACGUUUUGUGACGAAGACGGCGGCGAUCUGUUCUUUAACCCCAGAGUAUCCUACGACCAGAUAUUCGAUCGCUACAGGGAGGUUCUCAACGGGGGCAUACCCAUUGCUGGUCGAAUCUACCAGUUCCUCGGCUUCUCUCACUCCUCACUUCGGUCCCACUCGGCCUGGUUCUCUGCCCCAUUCGUGGACGAUGGCGGAAAGCUGCAACUGUACGGCAACAUCAUCAAGGCCCUUGGCGAUUUUGAGCACAUCGAAAUACCGGCAAAAUGCGCGGCGCGCAUCGGGCAGGCCUUUUCCGAGACCCCGACCUUCAUAAAACUCGCUGAAAAUCGCAUCAGGCACUCCAACAUACCGGAUGUCAAGUCGCAAGACGGGGACAUUGAAAGGGUGUUCAGCGACGGCGUCGGAACAAUCUCCCAAGACGUCCUCGAGCUGGUCUGGCCGCGUCUGCCCCGCGGCUCACUCAUUCCCACAUGUCUCCAGAUCCGCUGGGGCGGCGUCAAGGGCAUGUUGUCGCUGGACUCGAGGCUGAUGGGCCGAACCAUCUGCGUCCGGAGAGAAUCCAUGGAGAAGUUCCCGAGCAACGACGUGGAGAAUCUCGAGAUCUGCGAUGCGGCUUCGAGGCCACUCAAGCUGGUUCUCAACCGCCAAAUGAUCAAGAUCAUGGAAGAUUUGGGCGUUGACAGCAACUUAUUUCUUCAGUUGCAGAAGAAAGAGGUCGAUCGUCUGCGCGCCGUCACCGCGGACGCCUACAACACCGGGACGUUUCUGCAUCUGCAGGGCGUGGGCUCGACUUUCUUUCUUCCGAGCCUCAUCAAGAGUCUCAAGAACUACGGCAUCGACUACCGACGAGACAGUUUCCUGAGAGCGGUUGUCGAGUCCACCGUGCUGCAGGAACUGCGGCUGCUCAAGCACAAAGCGCGAAUCCCCGUCCCGGAGGGAGCGACCCUUUUCGGCAUCAUGGACGAGACGGGGUUCCUCAGAGAAGGCGAGGUGUACGUCUGUUAUGACACGUACAAGCGCCCUGGAAAGUCUCCCAUGAAGAAUUCUCUCAGAGACGGACCAGUGCUGGUGACCCGAUCACCAGCCCUCCACCCUGGUGAUAUCCAGUACGUCAAUAUGAGAACGCCGCCGCCAGGCCAUCCGCUGCGUAAUCUCCGCAACUGCAUCGCCUUCAGCCAGCGCGGACAUCGCGACCUGCCGAGUAUGCUGAGUGGUGGUGACCUUGACGGCGACCUCUACAACAUCAUCUGGGACAAGGCAGCCGCACCGAAACGGACGUUCAAGGCCGCCGACUACCCCAGAGUGACACCGGAGCCUCUCGGCCGCCCGGUAGAAAGAAAGGACAUGGCAAACUGGUUCGUUGACUUCAUGAAGUCGGAUGUCCUCGGCUUGAUCGCCACGCGACACCUCAUCCUGUCCGACCAAGACCCCGUUGGCACGCUUGGGCAAGACUGUCUCAAGCUUGCCGGCUUGCACUCCACCGCCGUUGAUUUCUCCAAGACGGGUGUUGCAGUCGAACCGAGGGACAUCCCCAAGGCGCCCCAAUUUCGACCUGACUUCCUUGCUCCUGCGCCCCCAGCUCAGCUUUAUGAUCGGACGCAGAUCAACUUCCUCGGUCGAGACGAGGGGGUUGACGAUGACGAUGAAGAUGCGGCAGGGCCCAAUCACAAGUACUAUAGGUCGGAAAAGAUCCUGGGCGUACUUUAUCGAAACGUCGACGAGAAGCAGAUUUGGGAUGAAGACAUCAGUCGGGUUGUGUCCAAAACCGGCCCGUCCGUCUGGGCCCAGUUCGUCGGGCUCAUGCAGCGCAAGAUCAAAGAAUAUAGCGCUGGACUCAUCAGAUGGGAGACGAGACUGGAGGAAGCCAAAAGCCUGCGCAAUGUCUACGAGGACACUGUCGGUGGCUUCAUGACACAGUACUCGGACAGCCACAUGAAGCAGCUCACCGAAGUCGAGGUGUUUUGCGGCUCCAUCUUCAACAAGUCAGGCUCGCAGACUCGACGGCAGAAGGACAACUCCAAGAAGCUCAAGCAGGAAUUCGAUCGGCUCGCCGAGCACAUGACGCAGCACAUGAGACGAAAGGCCCGGAACACCGAGGUUCAGGGCGCAGAAGCGUACAACGACAUACACAAUACCUUGUUUGCCAGCCAGGACGAUUACUAUGAGCGACUUCUCGAGCCCAACAGGGAGGCGUUGGAGGUGUCGUAUGCGUGUCUGAUGGUAGGUAUGCAGACGGAGAACGAGAGCGAGUACGAGUCCUGGGGGCACCUGGAGAGCUUCAAGGUGAUUGCGGCCAGCGUCCUGCUCAAAGAGCUCACGGAGCUGGCCAACCGCGUCAAGGGCGGUCGGUUGGUCGAUGGUGACGAGGGUGGAGGCGGGGGCUUUGUUGGCGUGAGUUCGGGGUCGUCGUUUUCGUAUGCGUACAGCGGCUACGACGUCGAUGUCGGACAGUUUCCGAACUACGGAUACAGUCAGUAUUUGUGA